AAAUAUUAAAGAUUAAAAAGAGCAUCUUAAUAUAUUUAAGCUUACUUUAAGACAAGGUGGUUUUCAUAAUUAUAUAAAAGAAUUAAAUUUUCAGUUUUAAAAAUAUAAGCCUUUAUACGUUUUUAAGCAAAAAGAAUAAUGUUAAAAGAAGCAAGAUUGAAUAUUUUUAUAGAAAAAAAUAAUUACAAUAUAUAAAAAAUAUAACAAAUGGAAAUCAAAACACUUAAAGAAAUCGAAGAAUUACAUAUAUUAAAACCACAUGAUUAAUUAUAAAAGAAUGAGAAGAAAAUGUACUUGUUUUCUAAUAUUAUCGAUUUCGAAAUACUUACUGAUAUUAAUUAAAUUUACGAAGAUUUAUCAUGGUCGUAAACGUUUAAAACUCUAUAUACAUAAAAUUAUGAAAAGUAGAGUUAUAUAGAAUAUGUUUAUGCAGGAAAUACACACUCUUUAGCAUCUAAUUCGACUGGAAAACUCUUUAUUUGGGGUUGGAAUGAUUAUAAUUAACUAGGAAAAGGCAAAAAUUACCCUUAAGAAAUGCAUUUUCUAAAAGAAAACAUUAUACAAACUGGUUGUCUAAAAAAUACAACUGCAGUUUUAGAUGGGGAAGGUAAUUUCUAAUUUUGGGGAGAAAACAAUGGAAAAAUAGAAGGAAAAGAAAUAAAAAAAUUUGAAUUUUCAAAUAAGGAUGAAAGAAUUUAUUUAUUAUCAAAAAAAGGGGAAUUAUUUCAACUAAAGAUGAAGAACUUAUAAAUUGAAAAUAUUUUUAAAGAUUAAAAAAUAAUAAAAAGUGUAUGUUGUGGGUAUAAUUUUACCCUUAUUUUGUGCUAAAGGGGUUUAGUUUAUUCUAAAGGAGAAAAUAAAUACGGAGAAUUAGGAUAAGGAGAUAAUUUAAUAAGAGAGAAAAUUUGUCUAAUAGAAUUUUUAAAGUAAGAAAAAAUAGAUUAAAUUUCUUCCGGUUUUAAACAUUCGGCUUGUAAAAGUUCUCUUGGAAAAAUAUUCACUUGGGGAUUGGGCAUUAAUGGAUAAUUAGGGCAUGGAGAUUUUGAAAAUUAGGUUUUUCCUAAAAAAAUAUGUUUUAAUUAAAAAAUCUUGUAAAUUUCUUGUGGAUUAAAAUGUACAAUUUUGUUAAGUGAAGGGAAUUUAUUUUGGUUUGGAUCUAAUUAAUAAUUAAAAAAUAAUAAUUUUCCUAUUAAAUAUUAAUUUGAUAAAGUUUAUAUUUAUAUAUAAAAAAUAUAUUCUAUUUAAUAUUAUUUAUUAAUAUAGGAUUCGGUUUUUAACUAAAGUAAAUUCUAGAUUGUAAGAAUAUUUUGUAGUUGGAGUAAAUCUAUAAGUAUUAUAUGUGUUACAAUCGCAAAUUGUGGAUAAUAUCUUCAAAUAAAAUAAAAUUAGAGAAAAAAAAUAAUUUAACUUUUAAAUGAAUAAUGGAAUGAAUUUAAUAUUAAUUCAAUUAAUCCUCCUUAUAUUAAAUAAGUAUCUAAUUUUAUUUCCGAAAAAAAUAUGAAAUUAAAAGAAAUUUGA